CCGGGCUGGAGUUAGUAACCCACUCCUCCUGCGACGGAGAGCAAUGUUGGCACCCACUCAAGGCCCUGUGGGCUGGGAUGGCUAUGUCCUGCGUUGAAGAUUUGCGCCACCAGCUGGCCAUGGUCCUUCUGAGAGAAACUGCCUUCCGAAUUCCCCCCGGGACGAGUUCGAAGUCGGCCACGCGGCGGACUUCGGUGUCACCCUUGGGGAGUUACCUGGAAUGAGCCUCGGGGUGAAGUGACAUGUCGGGAGCAUUUCGAGGACACUCCGGUUCGAAGAGAGGUAGACCGCAGACGUCAGAUACGCAGGAAGAAGGCUGUGAUCCAUAGCGGAUUCGAUGGUAUCGGAUGGUUUCAGUGGUAUCGGAUAUUCCGUUUGAAGACACCGGAUGCGCAGGACCUUCGACAUUUGCUACUGGUGCUCGAUGGGGGACAGGUCGCAGGUUCGACGAGUAUCGAGUAUUGGUUCCUAAUGAGGGACAGGUCACACGAUGGACGAGUAGGAGUAAUCAAUCAGUUGCAGGUCGUAGGUUGGACAGCAUGGGAGGACAUAUGGAAAUUACCGAGGAGUCAAAUGAAUCUGUUUGCUAAUUAGCGAAGUUAGUAGGGUCGUUUCGGGUUGCACAGUUGAGAGGAACCGGUGCUGUGAUAACUAGAAGAGGUCACGUACAACAUGGAUAUGUCUCGGUCAUUCUUGCCAAAGUUGUUAGUGUAAGACUAAUACGGGAAUAUAUCCACAUUGUGAACAUUCACACGUGGACAUGGAAAUUUUCAAGUUUCGCCAGUUUAUUUGGAAUUUUGACGUCUGCGCAAUCGGUACAUUAUGUUCUAAAGAUGUUCAGCUUGAGCAAGAGUUCGGUGUCUUCUAUGGAGAAACAGGCUGACGCGUAAUUAGACUUUGAUUAAGGUAGCGGUUGGUGGUGACUAACAGGUAACAGGUUUAGGUGUUAAGUCACAUCUCGAAGUUUAAUCCAGGCUGUUUCAUGUUGGACAAGAAUAAAGGUAUUCAACG